AUGAAACAGGUAAUUAUACAACCUCUUCAAGAAAAACAACCAAAUUUUGUGAAUGAAUUAGAUGUUCAUCACAAAAUAAGUGGCGAUACGAUCUUAUUGAAUCAAUCAACGAAUUAUGCGAAACUCUUGGAUGCUCUACAUAAAAUAAACUAUAAUUUGAAUAAACUAAGUGAAUCAGAGAAUAUUGCGAAACUUCUGGAUGUUCCGGAUAAAAUAAAUAAAAAUUCAAAUUCACAAAGCAUACCCGAGAAUUUUCAAAAUCUCUUAGACAUUCUACGAAUAUUAAAUACUACACUUAAAAUGAAUGACUUUCUGCAAGGUGCUUCAAAAUCAUUUUUGGAAUCAGACGAUUUUCGGGAACUAUUAGAAGCCCCAUCUAAAAUGGAUGAAGAUUUUCCAAAAUUGUUAGAUGCUCUACGUGAAAUAGAUAGUGAUUCCGAUUUAUUGACACAAUUAAAGAAUUUUUCAAAUUUGUUUGAAGUAAUGCUUAAGAUAAAUGAAAAUUAUUCAAAAUCACUAAAUCGAUCAGAGAACUCACCGAAAUUCUUAGAUGAUGAAAUAAAUGAUGAAUUCUUAGAUGUUUCACAGAAUAUGAAUGGUGCUUCAAAGUCAUUAAGCCAAUCAGAUGAUUUUCAAAAAUUGUCAGCUGUUCCACGUAAUAUAAAUAGUGAUUCAUUGAGCCAAUUAAAAAUGUUUUUAAAGUUGUUUGAAGUUUUACACGAAACAAAUAGCAAUUCAAAUUCACUAAAUCAAUUAGAUAAUUCAACACAAUUCUUAAAUGCUUCAAAGAAAAUAAAGGAAUAUUCAAAUUCACCAAGUCAAUCAGAGGAUUUGCAGAAAUCUAUAGAUAUUCCGCAAGAAAAAAAUAGUGAUUCAAGAUCAUUAGCUGAAUCAGAGGAUUUUCCAAAUAUGUCAGGCAGCUUACGUAAAAUAAAUGAUGAUUCAAACUCACAAUAUUUCAAUGCUUCACAAAAAGUAAAUAGGUAUUCAAAUUCACUCAAUCAAUUAGAUAGUUCAACACAAUUCUUAAAUGCUUCAAAGAAAAUAAAGGAAUAUUCAAAUUCACCAAGUCAAUCAGAGGAUUUGCAGAAAUCUAUAGAUAUUCCGCAAGAAAAAAAUAGUGAUUCAAGAUCAUUAGCUGAAUCAGAGGAUUUUCCAAAUAUAAUCAAUGAAAAUUCAAAUUCGUUAAGCCGAUCAGAGGAUUUACAGCAAUAUUUCAAUGCUUCACAAAAAGUAAAUAGGUAUUCAAAUUCACUAAAUCAAUUAAAUAGUUCAGCACAAUUCUUAAAUGCUUCAAAGAAAAUAAAGGAAUAUUCAAAUUCACCAAGUCAAUCAGAGGAUUUGCAGAAAUCUAUAGAUAUUCCGCAAGAAAAAAAUAGUGAUUCAAGAUCAUUAGCUGAAUCAGAGGAUUUUCCAAAUAUAAUCAAUGAAAAUUCAAAUUCGUUAAGCCGGUCAGAGAAUUUACAGCAAUAUUUCAAUGCUUCACAAAAAGUAAAUAGGUAUUCAAAUUCACUCAAUCAAUUAAAUAGUUCAACACAAUUCUUAAAUGCUUCAAAGAAAAUAAAGGAAUAUUCAAAUUCACUAAGUCAAUCAGAGGAUUUGCAGAAAUCUAUAGAUAUUCCGCAAGAAAAAAAUAGUGAUUCAAGAUCAUUAGCUGAAUCAGAGGAUUUUCCAAAUAUAAUCAAUGAAAAUUCAAAUUCGUUAAGCCGGUCAGAGAAUUUACAGCAAUAUUUCAAUGCUUCACAAAAAGUAAAUAGGUAUUCAAAUUCACUAAAUCAAUUAAAUAGUUCAGCACAAUUCUUAAAUGCUUCAAAGAAAAUAAAGGAAUAUUCAAAUUCACCAAGUCAAUCAGAGGAUUUGCAGAAAUCUAUAGAUAUUCCGCAAGAAAAAAAUAGUGAUUCAAGAUCAUUAGCUGAAUCAGAGGAUUUUCCAAAUAUAAUCAAUGAAAAUUCAAAUUCGUUAAGCCGGUCAGAGAAUUUACAGCAAUAUUUUAAUGCUUCACAAAAAGUAAAUAGGUAUUCAAAUUCGCUAAGUCUAUCAGAGAAUUCGCGCAAUUUCCUAGAUAUUCCACAUGAAAUAAAUAGUAAUAAGAAUUCACUAAAUCAAUCAAACAAUUUGUCAAUAUUUAUAGAUCUUCCAGUAAAAAUUAACGAUAAUACAAAUUCUUUAAGCAAAUUUGAAAAUUUUUCAAAACUGCCAAAUGCUCAACAUAAAAUAAAUGAUGAUUCAAAUUCGUUGAGCCGAUCGGGUACCUCAAAUUUAUCACAAAAUACAAUACGAAAAUUUGAUAUGACAACAUUAAAUAUAAAAGACAUUAUAUCAAGAAUUAAAGCACGCCCACCACAGAUAUCUUAA